CCGGCCCCGGCCCCGGCUCCGCUCCGGCUGUGUCGGCGAUGGCGGCGGCUCGGCGGGCGCGGGCGGGCGGCGGCGGCGGCGCGGGGCCGGGGUUCGGGCGGGCGGCCGAGCCGCCGCCGGUGCCGCAGGGGCUGCUGCGGCUGGCGCGGCGCAGCGGGCAGCUCAACCUGGCGGGACGCGGCCUCACCCACGUGCCCGAGCACGUGUGGAGGAUCAACCUGGACACGCCGGAGGAAGCCCAGCAGAACCUGUCCUUCGGAGCUGCCGAUCGCUGGUGGGAGCAGACGGACCUGACCAAGCUGAUCCUGGCCUCCAACAAGCUGCAGAGCCUCUCGGAGGAUGUGCAGCUGCUGCCUGCCCUCACCAUGCUGGACGUGCAUGACAAUCAACUGACAUCACUUCCUUCUGCUUUAGGGCAGCUUGAAAAUCUCCAGAAGCUCGAUGUCAGCCACAACAAACUGAGGAGCCUUCCCGAGGAGCUGCUGCAGCUGCCCCGUCUGAGGAGCCUCCUGGUGCAGCACAACGAGCUGAGCCAGCUGCCCGAGGGGCUGGGGCAGCUCCUCAGCUUGGAAGAGCUGGAUGUGUCCAACAAUCAGCUCACAGCCAUCCCCACCAGUUUUGCUCUGCUGGUGAACUUGGUGCGGCUCAACCUGGCCUGUAACCAGCUCAAGGAGCUGCCUGCAGAUCUCAGUGCCAUGAAAAGCUUGAGGCAACUGGAUUGUACCAAAAAUUACCUGGAAACAGUACCUCCUAAAUUAGCAACCAUGGCAUCCCUGGAGCAGCUUUACCUGAGGAAAAACAAACUGCGUUCCUUGCCAGAGCUUCCCUCCUGCAAGUUACUGAAGGAGUUACACGCUGGGGAGAAUCAGAUUGAAACCCUGAAUGCAGAGAAUCUGAAGCAGCUGAGCUCCCUGUGUGUGCUGGAGCUCAGGGACAACAAGAUCAAGGCAGUGCCCGAGGAGAUCACAGUGCUGCAGAAGCUGGAGAGGCUCGACCUGGCCAACAAUGACAUCAGUAGGUUGCCUUACACCCUGGGGAACCUCCCUCAGCUGAAAUUCCUGGCCCUGGAGGGAAAUCCUUUGAGAACCAUUCGGAGAGACCUGCUGCAAAAAGGCACCCAGGAACUGCUGAAAUAUCUGAGAAGCAAAAUCCAAGAUGAUGGACCUGGCCCCAAUGAAGAGCCUCCUGUGACAGCCAUGACUCUUCCCAGCCAGUCCAAGGUCAACAUCCACGCCAUAGCCACACUGAAAUUAUUGGAAUACAGUGACAAGCAGGCUGCCGAGAUCCCCGAGGCCGUGUUCGAUGCCGUGGGCACCAACCCCGUGGCCACCGUCAACUUCAGCAAGAACCAGCUCAGGGAGAUCCCCCCAAGGCUUGUGGAGCUGAAAGACUCCGUUUGUGAUGUCAGCCUGGGCUUCAACAAAAUCUCCUCCAUUUCCUCGGGGCUGUGCCUGCUCCAGAAGCUGACACAUUUGGAUCUCAGAAACAAUGUUCUGACAGCCUUGCCUGAGGAAAUGGAGGCACUGAAAAGACUGCACACAAUAAAUCUUGCUUUUAAUAGAUUUAAGGUGUUUCCCAGUGUCCUGUAUCACCUCCCAGCCCUGGAGAACAUCCUGCUCAGCAACAACCAGGUGGGAUCCAUCGACCCCGUGCAGCUGAAGGGGCUGGACAAGCUGGGAACGCUGGACCUGCAGAACAAUGACCUCCUCCAGGUGCCCCCAGAGCUGGGCAACUGUGAGAACCUCAGGAGCCUGCUGCUGGAAGGGAACCCGUUCCGCACGCCCCGCGCCGCCGUGCUGGCCAAGGGCACGGCUGCCGUGCUGGAGUACCUGCGCAGCCGCAUCCCCUCCUGAGCCUGGGCACUGCUCCUGAGCCUGGGCACUGCCACCUGAGCCUGGGCACUGCUCCUGAGCCUGGGCACUGCCACCUGAGCCCUGGGCAUUCCUCCUGAGCCCUGGGCAUUCCCACCUCAGCCAUGAACAUGGCCUGGCCAAGGGCACGGCUGCCGUGCUGGAGUACCUGCGCAGCCGCAUCCCCUCCUGAGCCUGGGCACUGCUCCUGAGCCUGGGCACUGCUCCUGAGCCUGGGCACUGCUCCUGAGCCUGGGCACUGCUCCUGAGCCUGGGCACUGCUCCUGAGCCUGGGCACUGCUCCUGAGCCUGGCCAUUCCCACCUCAGCCAUGAACAUGGCCUGGCCAAGGGCACGGCUGCCGUGCUGGAGUACCUGCGCAGCCGCAUCCCCUCCUGAGCCUGGGCACUGCUCCUGAGCCUGGGCACUGCCACCUGAGCCCUGGGCACUGCCACCUGAGCCCUGGGCACUGCUCCUGAGCCCUGGGCAUUCCUCCUGAGCCUGGCCAUUCCCACCUCAGCCAUGAACAUGGCCUGGCCAAGGGCACGGCUGCCGUGCUGGAGUACCUGCGCAGCCGCAUCCCCUCCUGAGCCUGGGCACUGCUCCUGAGCCUGGGCACUGCUCCUGAGCCUGGGCACUGCUCCUGAGCCCUGGGCACUGCUCCUGAGCCUGGGCACUGCCACCUGAGCCUGGGCACUGCUCCUGAGCCCUGGGCAUUCCCACCUCAGCCAUGAACAUGGCCUGGCCAAGGGCGCGGCUGCCGUGCUGGAGUACCUGCGCAGCCGCAUCCCCUCCUGAGCCCUGGGCACUGCUCCUGAGCCUGGGCACUGCUCCUGAGCCCUGGGCACUGCCACCUGAGCCUGGGCACUGCUCCUGAGCCCUGGGCACUGCCACCUGAGCCCUGGGCAUUCCUCCUGAGCCCUGGGCAUUCCUCCUGAGCCUGGGCACUGCCAUGGGCAUUCCCUCCUCAGCCCUGAGCCCUGGGCACUGCCACCUGCGCCUGGCCUGGCCAAGGGCAUGGCUGCACUGCUGGAAUACCUUUGGAGCUGCAUUCUCACUGAGCCCUGGCCAUUCCCACCUGAGCCUGGCCUGGCCAAGGGCCCAGCUGCGCUGCUGUAAUAGCUGCAGAGCCACAUUCCAGCAGCACAGGAGCAGCCAGGUACCCCCUGUCCCACCAGCACCCCUGGGCUCCACUGCUUCCAUCCUCCUCCUGCUCCUGGCUGGGAGUCUGACCCAGCUGUGAAACAUUCCCUGCCCCUCUGCAUGUUCCAGCAGGGAUUUCAGGAUCCCACACCACUCUGUUUACACUGUUUGUGAUAAAGGAUAGCAAGGAGAGCUGCCUUCAGCACAGCCAUGGUGCUUCCUGCCGCUGAGCUGUGCUCUGGAGAGAGCUGUCACCAUUGAAGCUCUGGGGCCAAAGGCAGAAGGGAACACUGGGGUUUGUAUUCCUGUUUUGUUUCAUUGCUGUCCCCUGAACUGCCCCCUGGUGUGAGUGUGGUGGAGUGCUUGAGCUGUGAGGUGGUGAGAGGUGGCCCAGGUGUGUGCAGGGCUCACCUGAGUGAAAAUGGGGCUGGUGCUGUGCUGAGACAAUAAAUGUUCCCCUUGGA